AUGUCAACAACCCUUUGCCAAAUGAUAGGGUUCAUCCUGUCUACCCUGGGAUUUGCAGGGUGCAUUACUGCCACAGGGCUAGACAUGUGGAGCACCCAGGACUUGUAUGACAACCCAGUCACAUCUGUGUUCCAGUACGAAGGGCUUUGGAGGAGCUGUGUGAAGCAGAGCUCUGGUUUAACUGAGUGCCGACCAUAUUAUACUAUUCUUGGUCUUCCAGCUAUGUUGCAAGCUGUGAGAGCCCUAAUGAUUGUAGGCAUUGUCCUGGGUGCCAUCGGUCUUCUUGUUUCCAUUUUUGCUUUGAAAUGUAUUCGGAUCGGCAACAUGGAAGACUCUGCUAAGGCCAAUAUGACUCUGACUUCUGGAAUCAUGUUCAUUGUGUCAGGUAUUUGCGCCAUUGCUGGAGUGUCUGUUUUUGCAAAUAUGCUGGUCACCAACUUCUGGAUGUCCACAGCUAACAUGUACUCAGGAAUGGGUGGGAUGGUACAGACAGUUCAGACCAGGUACACCUUUGGUUCUGCUCUCUUUGUUGGCUGGGUUGCAGGAGGCCUUGCUGUGAUUGGAGGCAUUAUGAUGUGCAUUGCUUGCCGUGGACUAGCCCCAGAGGAAUCCCAUUACAAGGCCGUAUCCUAUAAUGCCUCAGGUCACAAUGUUGCCUACAGGACAGGAGGCUAUAAAACCAGUACUGCCUAUGAAUCCAAAAUAAAAUCCAAAAAUGAUGAUGAAGUACAGUCACAUCCUUCCAAAUAUGAUUAUGUCUAA